AUGGAUCCUCAAGAGCGCGUCGGGUAUUUCCAAACCGACCCAGAUCGUGUCGCCACAAUGUACGGGGAACUCGGCAACAAAUUGGUCCAACAUGCAAAACGCACGCAAUCCCUCGCCCACCUUCCACCUUACCAAACCGAGAUCGUCCGCGCCGUAACCCGCGAAGUGCGUGAUCUAGAGCGUGACACAACCCGUCUUCUGAAUCCAUUCGAGGGCUCUUUCAACCCUUCUGCGGACCCUGCGACCGCAUGUACCCUCCUGGUCGACCAUCUGUGCAUGCGCCGUAACAAGCGCUGCCUGCUCGCGUACCACCGUGUGCGCACUGAGAAACUCGAGGAGCUAUGCUGGACGGGCGUCGAUGCAUUAGAACAGCAACAGCCCAGUGAAGGGGCCGAGGACCGAGGACUUCCUUCGGGUGUGGGCGGACAUAGCUCGCUUAGUCCCGAGGAAGAGGAGUAUUUCCGUCAAUAUGGAGAUAUGCUCGCAGCGUAUAAAGGACAGUGGACAGAUAUUGAUCUGACGGGGACCCUGGAGCCACCCAGAGAUUUAUUUAUUGAUGUACGAGUGUUGAAGGAUGCGGGGGAGAUUCAGACGGAAUAUGGUGUGAUCAACUUGACCAAGAACAGUCAGCUCUUUGUGCGACAAGGAGAUGUGGAGCGACUAAUUGCGCAAGGUUUCUUGGAACGAUUGAGUUGA